UACAGCACCAGGGGCGGAGUCUGGCAGGUGAGGGGCUCGCCGCGGAGAUCGCUGACGCGGCCCGGGCUGCGGUGUGGUCGCUGGUUGCCAGAACAUGCUGAGCGGAGCGCGCGCCUGGCUCCUCGCCUUAUCGCUGCGGGGCACAUGCACGCUGCCGUCCGCGGUCGCCCGUAGGUGCCUUCACGCGUCGGGGUCGUGGCGGUCCGCAGACAAGAGCGAGAAGACGGGGAACGCGCCCCGCGUCUUCGACCCGGCCCUGCUCGAGUUCCUGGUGUGCCCACUCUCCAAGAAGCCGCUCAGAUUUGAAGCAUCGACAAAUGAAUUGAUCAAUGAAGAAUUGGGAAUAGCCUAUCCAAUUACUGAUGGGAUUCCUAAUAUGAUACCACAGGCAGCUAGGAUGACACAUCAAAAUAAGAAGCAAGAAGAAAUGGAGCAGCACUAG